AUACAGACCAGUACGUUUACUUUGUGUGAACCGGAAGCGGACAUGCCGAUCGAAUGCUGACGUGGCAGGAUAUCCUGCUAUCUAAUCUAUAUCUCUCACUGCCGCACGGCCUCAGCCCUGAACAGGUUGAAAGUGAGGGUGCGAGAGCGUGAACUGUAUCUGCAUGAGAGAGAAGAGAGAGAAAGAGAAGAGAUAGAGAAGUGAGAGAGAGUGAGGAGAAGAGAGAGAAAGUGAUGGCGUCAAGUUGCAUUGCUCUUCCUUUUCAACUCACGUCUUCUUCAUCGUUCCACCACAAGAAGCAGAGGAGGUCUCCCUUCCUGGGCUCUCCCCUUCAUCUGCUUGACCACCACCUCUCUGUUUCUGAUUGUUUCUCUCUCUCUUUAGGCAGAUCUUCAAGACGGUUGUCUAUAAACUGCAAUGCUCAAGCAGUGGUUUCAACUACAAUGGUUCCGGGGACCCCUGUUAGGCCUACCAGUAUUCUAGUUGUUGGGGCUACUGGAACUUUGGGAAGGCAGGUGGUCAGAAGGGCUUUGGAUGAAGGCUAUGAUGUUAGAUGUCUUGUACGACCAAGGCCAAUUCCAGCCGACUUCCUUCGUGACUGGGGUGCAACAAUUGUCAAUGGGGACUUAAGCAAGCCAGAAACUAUUCCUGCAACACUAGUUGGAGUCCAUACAGUGAUUGAUUGUGCUACUGGCCGUCCAGAAGAACCCAUUCGAACAGUAGAUUGGGAAGGAAAAGUUGCUCUGAUUCAAUGUGCCAAAGCCAUGGGUAUUCAGAAGUAUGUGUUCUUUUCCAUCCAUGAUUGUGAUAAACAUCCAGAAGUUCCUUUGAUGGAAAUCAAGCGCUGCACUGAGAGGUUUCUCCAAGAUUCAGGUCUAAAUCACAUCACAAUCAGAUUAUGUGGCUUCAUGCAGGGAUUAAUUGGCCAAUAUGCAGUACCUAUACUGGAGGAAAAGUCUGUAUGGGGAACUGAUGCACCUACACGAAUUGCUUACAUGGAUACACAGGAUAUAGCCCGAUUAACAUUCAUUGCUUUGCGCAACGAAACGCUCGAGAAAAAGCUUCUGACUUUUAGCGGACCUCGUGCAUGGACGACACAGGAGUUAUUGUUUCAGGUCAUAACUCUUUGUGAGAGGCUUGCUGGACAAGAUGCAAAUGUGACGACAGUUCCUGUUGCAGUCUUGAAAUUCACACGCCAACUAACUCGAUUUUUCCAGUGGACAAAUGAUGUGGCUGAUAGAUUGGCAUUCUCCGAGGUUCUUUCGAGUAAUACAGUUUUCUCAGUUCCUAUGGCUGAGACAUUCAGUCUUCUAGGUGUGGACCCAAAAGACAUCGUCACCUUAGAGAAGUACCUUCAGGAGUACUUCACUAACAUCUUAACAAAACUCAAGGAUCUCAAAGCUCAAUCCAAGCAAACCGACUUCUACAUAUGAAAGAAAGGUCUCUCUUCUGGUGUUUGAAAAUGUGUAAAUGGGUUGGAUUAUGUGCAGUAUCCUCCACAGCCAGAUACGAAGAAUUGUAAUGCAUGAGAAGAGAUUUCUAGUUGUAAGUUUGUAUGUUUCAUGCUUGGUGUUGUAAGUUUGUAAGUGCAGUAUCGUCCACCCUGUCAUCUCUCUCUCUCUCUCUCUAAACCUCCUAUGAGCCUCGCCUCUCUCUCUCUCUUCCUUUGCGGACACUCCCUCUCUACCCUUUUUCCUUCUCUCUCUUUCUACCCACUGUUCGAGCUCUCUCUCUAACAGAAUUUUAGAAUAUGGGGAUCUUUUUAUCUAAUUUCUUUUG